AUGGAUACAAUAAGGAUCCCUUCGCCUUCGGCCAUUCUAGAUCCCCCUGCUCCUACACCAAUAUCUAAUAAGACUAAUUCGAACACUCGAAGAACUGCAACAAGUCCAAAGAAAAAGUCUACUGCGAUUGCCAUUCCUACAAACGGCACUCAGCGACCUAAACAAUCCAAAAGCCGAAACGGCUGUAUUACUUGUAAAGCCAAACGACUGAAGUGUGACGAAACCAAGCCAAGUUGUCAGCAAUGUCAUAAACGAAAUGUGACCUGCGGUGGAUAUAAGAAAGACUUCAAAUGGCGACCUUUUGAGGAAACACAGACCGCUCCCAAGGCUGCCCCUAAAAAGAAAGCAUCGCCACCGCCUGACACAAAUGGCGAUGAAUCCUCACAACCACGUAAGGCGGCAAGAAGAAGCUCUGCGUCUUCAGGACAGAUAUUGAGUUCAAAAGAGCAGCCGAACUUCUUUUCACCAAUAAGUAGCUCCCUUCCAGAUGAACUAUCACUGCCAGAGACUUCUAUGUUUGCUGAUUCGGCAUCGUUAAUUGCAAACUCACAUGGGCUGAACUUCAGAGUCCCGACUUUGGACGAGUUCAACCCACCAACCAUCUUCAACACCCCCGAGACAGAAUUAUCUGGUUUCAUAUUCUCAAGUGCAGAACUGGAUUCAAUAUCACAUUCCUUGCCCACUGACCUGGAUCAAGUGGUAAUGAACAUGCCAAGUAGUCAGCCUAGUUUCACAUCAAUGCUAGAGGAGGACGCUGAUGAUGUUGAAAACAUAAUCAGACAAUCAGAGCCUGGCUUUCAGCUUUGGCCUGUCAAGGAUAGCCCUCCACCAACUACGCAAGUGGAUAUGUCACCCGAUCUAUCGAUGGCGACCAUGCUAUUUCAGGAGCUCGAGCCUGCUCCCGGUAGCGAAGAGUCGCUCAUUGUUCGAUUUGACCGUUUGACUUGCGGUAUUCUCUCAGUGAAGGACGGAGUUACAGAAAACCCGUGGCGAAAUCUGAUUUGGCCCAUGGCAAGGGAGUCAUCUGCUCUAUAUCAUGCUGUUAUAUCCAUGGCAGCUUUCCAUUCAUCCAAAGACAAUCCAGCUUUGCGAGUUUUUGGAAUGGAGCACAUGCGCCGAAGUAUCAACUUUAUGGUUCAGGGUAUGGGACAAAUGCAAACUGAUGCUGCGUUGGCGACCACCUUAUCGUUGGCUUUUGCGGAGACAUGGGAUCAACAAACUUCCACUGGCAUCCAGCAUCUCAAGGGCGCCAGGGCUCUCAUGCAACAGACUUUGAGAACAAGAGUCCGGCGGCACCCGCCAUCAGAUGAGUUGGGGCGAAUUCGUUUCUUGUAUAAUACUUGGCUAUAUAUGGAUGUAAUUGCUCGAAUUACUUCUAUGGAUGAGGCUGAAACGGAGGAACCAGGCGAUCCCCGUUUUGCAAUACCAGAAGAUGGGGUCCAUGAUGUUGAUCCUUUGAUGGGCUGUGCAACUACUCUAUUCCCUCUCAUGGGUCAUGUAGCAAAUCUUGUGCAGCGGAUACGGAAAAGCGAUAAGAAUUCCUUUGCAAUCAUUUCCCAUGCUCGGGAACUCAAAAAUGCGAUCGAUCGCUGGGUCCUCCCUAAUCAUUUCAAUCCACCGGAAGACCCUCAAUCCGAGCUUCAAGACAGUAUACAGACAGCAUAUGCAUACCGAUGGGCAAUUCUUCUUUAUCUCCAUCAGGCCGUUCCCGAAAUCCCUUCGCCAUCAUCGUUCAUCCUUGCAAACAACACCUUAAAAUUGCUGGCUACGGUGCCUCUUUCUUCGAGAACGAAUAUUCUACAUAUCUUUCCUUUGUUUGUGGCGAGUUGUGAGUUUGAGGAUGAGGAAGACCGGGAAUGGAUUAUGCAACGAUGGGUGGCCAUGCAAAACCGACUUAGGAUCGGCAAUAUCGACCGAUGUGUCGAAGUCAUCCGCGAGGUCUGGAGGCGGAGGGAUGCAGCCAAGGCAGAGCGUCUACGAUUGCGAUCACGUCCUGGGAGUCGGAAGGGAUCCAUGGUGAUACAUGGGGAGCAUCCAUCAAAGUCAGGCAAUGUGUAUGGAACGCCGAUUGAUAACAACCAAGCAUUGGGGGGGUUAUACUCUACAAGCCCUACACAUAAAAGACAAGACUCAAUAGCGCCAAUUGUAGAAGAACUUGACUUUGAACAGACGGUCCGAGGGAGUCAUCACUGGGUUGGAGUAAUGAGAGAUUGGAACUGGGAAGUUCUUUUGGGUUGA